GCCAGCCCUCGCAAUGCACUGUUUGCAUUAUGCCAGUACGAACUAGUACGAAGAGUUACAAGCUUCUGUGACGAUGUACGAAUUGUUGUAUAUUUCGGAAAAAUGUUUUUUCCCCUUCGUUCAAUGAAAUAUUAUAAUUUAGCGAGAAUUCAGUGAGCUGAGAAAAGAAAGCAUAUAAAGAAAAGUGUGAUUUACAGUGAUUUAAUCGACGAGAGCAUCAAACAAAAUGAAUACAAAUGUGAAUUCGAUGGAUGGUGAUGGAGAAAAACGCAUGCCGGAAACAAGUAUUUCCAUGCCCGCACACAGUUUGACAACGAUACAAAAUUUGCAGAAUGUGCAGAAUGUCCAAAACAUUGUUCAGACCAACAUCCAAACGAUCCAACCGGUACAGAGUGUCAUUGGUUCAGUUUCAACGACCAAUCCCUUGGUUGGCAAAUCUGUGUCAGUGGAUCUCAAUCCAAAGUUGUCUCUCAUGAAACCCAUCGUUCAAUCGGGAAUAACAUCAUCCACAGAAGCCAACAAAAUAACUACGACGUUGUGUUCUGUGGGUCCGACUGUGAGAAUCAUACCACCAGGGAUGUUGAGUACAGUAGAUCGUCAAACGCAACCACAGGUACAGCAACAAACACAGCAAACUCAACAAAUAGUAACGAGUAUACCAGCAACAUAUCACGUACCACGUGGACCAGCUGCUGUAGCUAAUAUUUCAGCGCCGAGAUCGACAGUCGCCACGCCAAUCGUUCGAGCAUGCACCGGACAAGUAGUGCCAAUAUCGAGACCAGGCUUGAAUACGAGUUCGGCGAAUCCUCAAUGGCAAUCGAAAACGACGUCGGUGGUUUACGCACAACCGCAGAGACAUUCGGUGCCACCAGUAAAUCGGAUAACAACGAGGCCGCCAACUGCAGUUUACAGUGGUCAACAACAGCCACGUUUAGUAACGCCAGUUCAAGGAAGACCUGUGCAAGCAACCAUGGUUACUGGUGUUCAAGGUCAACCCUCGAGGCUUAUAGCACCGGUGCUCCAAACUAACAAUAAUAUUGCUCGAAUACCCGUCGCUGCUCGGCCCACUACGCCUCAAGUUUCCAACAUUACUACGACUAUACAGCCGGGGAGGCCUCUCACUCAACCUUUACAGGCCAACCAAAUUUCGAGACCUUUGACUGCAACAGGAACCGUGAAUCGCAUUGCGGUAUCUGCACCCGUAAUGGGUCCUAUGAACCGAAUAACAAAUGCAACAUCCGUAACCGUGCAGCCAACAGUCGGACGACAAUUGACAAUUAAUCCUACGACAGGAGUUUCGACUGCUACUGUCAGCCGCAUAGUUCUUCCGCAACAGGCACCGAUACAAGUGCAACAACAAUUGCAGUCUCAAGGAGGACCUCGGGUUGUACAAACAGUAACAUCACUCGCAAAUAUUGGAACGGUUUCACGAGUAAUAGCAACAACGUCGAGUGCUCCUGCACAAGUAACGCGCGUAACCCCGGCAGCCCCAACUUCUGUGGCGAGGAUAACUGGUAUGGCAUUGCAUUCAUUGCCUUUGCCCCCAACUCGAACCGCCCCGACGCCGGUUAAAACAAUAUCAGCUCAAAGUAUCGCUCAAGCUGUUCAACUCGCGAAACAACAACAACAACAACAACAGCAACAGCCCGUCCAGCAACAACAACAACAACCCCAGGGCAUUCGAAUAACAUCAGGAAAUUCUAAUCCCUCCGCAGUCAGCAAUAUCAAUAGCAACAAUAACAUCACUCCAACAAAUAACAGUAAUAGCAAUAACAAUUUGAAUACUGGAAAUCCUCAACCGGUUCAAGGCUUGUACUUGAAUUCGCCUCAAACAACUACUUAUUAUUCUGUCGAACCAUCUGGUGCUUAUUCGCAAUAUCGUCCAACGACUGUGCAACCAGUAAGAUUGCUGGUCGAACCAACCAACUACGAGGAAACGCACGCAAAACCAAAUGCAUCGCCACGACCGAGCAUACUUAGGAAAAGAGAUCACGACAAUUCGCCUGCAAAAGGUGUAGCAAAAAAUUUGGUGCCUGUACUCGCAGCUUUGCCAUCGAUCGCUUCCACUUCUAGUCCACCGGGUUCACCGAGAGGGGAUCGUGAUGGUGGUGGAUGUCAAAGCUCAGGUUCGACAACAGUCUCGGCGACAUCUUCGCCGGGGCUGGACGAAGAGCCCGAACAAUCGAGAAUACCGAUCAAUCAAACGGUAGAAAUGUCACCAAGAAAGAAGCCUCGUAAACAGCAGCUCACUGGAGUUGAACUCACCGAAUCUCGAUGUCACGACGAAGAGAUGCAGUUCAUAACGGAGGAAAAAAUGAAAAUUAAAGAAGAAACGAGGGAGAAAUUCGGCGUGGAGAGAAAACAGAUCCCGAAUUUGCAGCAACACGACGGGAGAAUCGUUCCUCAUACACCACCCGUUGUUAUGCGUACGAGACCCACCCCCAGUCUAUUGGGAUCUUCGUGGAAAAAUCGCUGGGGUGGUAGUAGACUUCAUCAUUACAGGAGACCUAGUGACGUGAGACCGCGAGAAGAAAGAAGGCCGACAGUGGCCGAACUGGCUCAGCAGAAGCACGUUUUACAAAAAAUAAAUGGCUGGAAAGUUUAUCAUCUUACCGCACAAAUGGAAGAUUUAGCGGAAUUAGAAAAACAGGUGCACGAAAAAUUGAAAACAACGUUGAUGAUGCUGGAAUCGCAGCAAAUUGGAAAGAGCCGACAAGACGAUGGUCUCGAGCGUGCUAACGAAUUAAUAAAAGGAAACAUGCAACGCAGCAGUUUGAUAAGCGAAGGAAUGAACGAGGCGAGGAGUCAACUCGUCACGAUCUUCCAGCACAAGGGCCACGUGACGGACAUUUUGCAACGUUGUGGCAAUAAGCGCGCGCAAAAGAAGCGGGACAAAUAAGUUAUUUCUUCGUAAAAAUGAAAUCGUCUCUACGGCGAUUAGCACUUGUGAAUAUCAUCAAUGAAAAAAAAAAAAAUACAAAAAAAAAUCAACGUCGUUGCAGCGUUCGCGCUCAUAUAAGAUUCGAGUCCAAAUGGGACGAAGGAAUGGAACGGGCGAGUUAUUUUUUAUCUGUGUCACAGAAUCUAUAUUAUCACAAAUAAAUCAAUGGUUUUAUAAGUCUUAAAAAAAAAAAAAAAAUAAGAAAAAUACCGACGUGACCGUCGUUAAACACGUCGAUAUAGCUUUGUUAUACGAAACUUCGAAAUGUUUUUAUUUUAAUAUACAGGAUUGUCGUAACUUUCA